AUGUCCUCGCGCACCGUUCCGACAAUGAAAUCCCUGUCUACGGCUGAACGUCGCUCCGUGAAUGCAAACCACUCGUCGGCCUCGCGACCCCGCGUCGCCCUUGGAGAAGAACACGAUCGCCGCACCACCAGCACAGCACCGCAUGCGAAGAAGCACUCGGCCACCAUGCGCGCAACUGGCGCCACCACGGGCGAGCGCCGUACCGAAAAGCGCGAGGUGCGAGAGCGAGAGACCGAGGUCAGGCGCAUCAAGACGCCGCUGAAGUCCUCGAGCGAGAGCCAUCCGAGUACUCGAAGCCGUGCAGAGAAACCGGCGCGUGAUGUUGAGAGACCGUCUCGGAGUGCUGCCUCGCAAAAGUCGCAACCCGAAGAGCCCCAGACGCCAUGGGAACCACAGGCAUCGCUGGUACCGCAUACGACGGCCCCGCUGGCCACACGCAUUUCCAUGCCUCCCCUCGCGUCCACCGCCCCCGUGUCGUUGCAGCCUACACCACUCGCACAGCUGUCAGUUGAGGCCCAGGAGAGGGCGAUUCUCGAGGAUCUGCUGUUUGUAUUUAUGGGCUUUGAAGGGCAGUACAUUCGCUUCAGCGAUGCAUACAACCCACAUGAAGAGAAGGAGCGUCUGGUGGGCCCCCAGUUUCGUCUGAUGCCCGGCCUCGACCCGAGUCUGCGCGACCUGACCAAGUCCAUGUUAAAGACUGCCACCCAUUACAUUGCUGUCGAAGCCUGUGUUGAGGUUCUGAGUAGGGAGGAGUACGGUGCUGUCAACCAUGCCCUGUGUGCGGCUGUACGCCGAUUGCUGAAGGACUAUCUCACGCUCGUAGCCCAGCUCGAACACCAGCUUUUGACCAACGAAUCCUUCACCCUCCACGUGCUAAAUUUACAUACAAAACAAACAAGUCACAUGUUGUUUCAGCUCUACACGACAGGCAUCGAAUUGUUGAAAGCAAACGGUAUACUGGAGGAUGAGAAGGAUGAGGACUCGGCAGACGACGAUAGCAAUGAUUUUGAGAAUAUUCUUGAAUCGUUACGAGAAGGGGGCAACACGACCAAGAAACUCUGCAAAGGCGGAAGUGUACUGGGCCUGGUCACAAAACGCCUUGCUUCAAUGUCGGGAGAUCCAGCAGCGCGCACACUGUUGACUACUCUGCUACGGGAAGCUAGUAGACCAUACAUGGCCAUGCUGAACGAGUGGUUACAUCACGGCGGCAUCAAAGACCCACAUUCCGAGUUUUUGAUCAAGGAGCAGAGGAGCAUCAAGCGCGAGCGGUUAGAUCAAGAUUACACGGAUGAAUACUGGGAGAAGAGAUAUACCAUACGCGACAACCUUGUUCCUCCACAGCUCGAAGCAGUAAAGGACAAAGUACUACUAGCAGGCAAAUACCUCAACGUAGUCCGCGAGUGCGGAGGCGUCGAUGUUAGCAAGAUUGUGCAGGACGCGCCAACUAGCUUUGACGAUCCUCGCUUUCUAGACAAUGUCAACUCCUCAUACGCCUACGCAAACUCGUCGCUUCUCAACCUGCUCCUUACGACACAUCAACUCCCUGCACGACUGCGUUCACUGAAGCACUACUUCUUCCUCGACAGAUCUGACUUCUUUACCUACUUCCUUGAAAUGAGUGAGCUUGAGCUCAAGAAGCCAGCUAAACACGUUAAUGUCGGCAAGCUGCAAUCUCUCUUGGAUCUCGCUACACGUCAUGCUGGUUCGGUUGCCGUCGAAGACCCAUACAAGGAAGAUAUCAAGGUCCAGAUUAACAAUACUGGUCUGACGAAUUGGCUCAUGAAGAUUGUCAAUGUCCAGGGUCUGGAUCAGGAAACUGCUAGUGCUACACUGUCAAGUUAUACGCCGGCAAAUUCCGCGCCCAUUACAGAUGAUACCAACAUCACAGGAUACCAAGCACUAGUCUUUGACUACGCCAUGCCAUUCCCACUGUCACUGGUAGUCAGCAGAGUCACACUAACGCGCUAUCAAUUACUCUUCCGAUACCUCCUGAGUUUAAAGCACCUCGAGACGGACCUAGCCAAGUGCUGGGGCGAGCAGGGCAAGAAUGCCGCCUGGAAACAUCGGUCAAGGAAUCCUCGUAUUGAACAGUGGAAACGCCGAGCGUGGACACUUCGUGCACGUAUGCUGGUCUUUGUGCAACAACUUACAUACUACUGUACAUCGGAGGUCAUUGAGCCCAACUGGACCUCAUUGAUGUCGCGGAUAAGCGAGGAGAAGAACCAAGACGCAAGGGCCAAGGGCAGGAUGAACGAGGAUGAGAGCGGUGGACCUCAAGUGAAGCGAACAGUAGACGAACUGAUGCAAGACCAUGUUGAUUUUCUUGCAACCUGUUUGAAAGAAUGCAUGCUUACUAACAGUAAGCUGCUGCGAAUCAACAACAAGAUCAUGCAAACAUGCUCCAUGUUCGCCUCCUUCACCUACUCGCUAUCCCGCUACCUCGUAACCGGUGACCCGGACCUCGUCGCUCAAAUCAACGCCACUUUCGCACCUCCCCAACCAUCCCAAACUUCAAAAACCUCAAAAACCCCUGCUGCUGCUGCCCCGCUGCUCAAUGCCACACAUAGACCCACCACGCAGUUUGUGUACGACCCCCAGCGUGUCGACAAGAUGUUCGACAUGCUCGCCAAGUAUGAAGAGAAUUUCACAAGGCAUCUUAAGAUUUUGCUGGAUACAUUGAAUUAUCUCGCUGCGACGGAGACGGUGGUCUUUUUGAGUCUUUGUGCACGCCUUACGAGUGCAGGUGAGGGGUUGAGCGGGUUUCAGGUUCCGAUGGGUAUGGAGGGUAUUGCGUAG